GAGAAGCAGGAGCGCGAAUGUGUAAGUGGGGGUGAGACUUGAGAAAUAGGAGGAGCUUCUGAACGACUAGAAAUGUCAAUCAGCGCAAGGCGUCCCAAUAAUCUAAGGCAAUCUGUAAGGACCUGACCUUAGUCCAUCCAGAUCAAUAGGGAAGUGAGGGAGGAAAGCGCAAUCGGAUCGUUUACACUGGCUGAUUCUGAGGAAAUAUAGACUUCCCUUACACUUUGUACUCACUGUAAAGUGGAUAUCGUAGUGUGCACCAAGAGGGCGAUUUUCCGCUUUUUGUGAUUUCAGCAGACUUUUUCCACGACAAUGUCUUUCCCACAACUGGGAUAUCAGUACAUCCGACCGAUAUACCCACAAGAUCGCCAGGGAAUCGGCAAUGCCCGAGCCGGGACAGAGCUGAGCCCGUCCGGGGCUCUCUCCAAUGUUCUUUCAACUAUGUACGGAUCACCUUUCGCCGCCGCACAGGGCUACGGAGCAUUUCUUCCUUAUUCAAACGAUAUAUCAAUUUUCAACCAGUUGGGAGCUCAGUACGAACUAAAAGACAGUCCAGGCAUCCAGCACCCUGGGUUUCCUCACCACCAUCCGGCGUUUUAUCCCUACGGUCAAUAUCAGUUUGGUGACCCAUCCAGACCAAAAAAUGCGACCAGGGAGAGCACUAGCACACUCAAGGCCUGGCUGAGUGAACACAGGAAAAACCCGUAUCCCACCAAGGGCGAGAAAAUAAUGCUGGCCAUCAUCACCAAAAUGACCCUCACUCAAGUGUCCACCUGGUUCGCCAACGCGAGGAGGAGACUGAAGAAGGAGAACAAGAUGACCUGGACCCCUAGGAGCCGUACGGACGAGGAGGGAAAUGUUUACAACAGUGACCACGAGGGAGACGAUGGGGACAAGCGAGAGGACGAAGAGGAAAUCGAUUUAGAGAAUAUUGAUACGGAAAAUAUCGAGAAUAAGGAUGAUUUGGAUGAACAGGACGACUUGCAGUCCGAUUUGAAAUUAGAUGGCAGGAGUGACUCGGAAAUUUCAGAUGGCUAUGAGGAUUUACAGGGACCAGAACAGAGGUUUCUAAAAGCUGUAGUGAAAGAGGGUAAAGAGAUUCACGUGGACAGGGGCGAGCACUUCCACCACCACCACCACCAUCAUCACCAUCACUCUUUAGAACUCAAACCGCCACAGCCUAACGUCGAUCAAAUGAAACUGAACCCCGUUUCCAUAAACUCCCCUCCCUCAGAAAACAACGGAGCCCCGGCUCAGAAGCCUAAGAUUUGGUCUCUGGCCGAAACAGCAACGGCCCCGGACAAUCCCCGAAAAUCCCCCCUGAUGAAUGGGAACUCUGCGGGGCCUGCAGCCCAGACUAUCAUCGCUCCACAUAGACUACUUUCUUGUCCAGUAGGAAAAAUCCAAAACUGGACAAAUCGAGCUUUCUCUGCGCACCAACUCGCUUUGCUGAACUCCAACCAUUACCUCGGACUGGCCAGCCAAGCUUCGGCGAACGGCCUUGCACUGUACAGCCGGCAAACGGAAGAGAAGAGCCAGAAUUCAGACUCGGCUGUCACAGAAAGAUCUAGUGCCUUGGAAGCAGAGAAAAAGUUGUUAAAAACAGCCUUCCAUCCCGUUCAAAGACGGCCCCAGAACCAGCUAGAAGCUGCGAUGGUGUUGUCCGCUCUCUCCUCCCUAUAGGGUCUUUCUCCCUUUUUUCUUUCUUUUUGAUAAACUCUCAUUUUAACCUGUUGUAAGGAAUGUAAGAUAAGAAUAACACAUCUCUGUAUACUUACCUUGUCAGCAUGUCUUGUGCAAAAUGGCUAAUGUAAUAAUGUAUGAACCAGUAGUCUGUGAGUCUCUCUCUCUCUCUCUCUCUCUUUUUUUUCUUUCUUCCUCUUCCUUUUUUUCUUCUUUUGUAAGGUCUGUGAGGAUUUGAUGUUAAAAUGUUUUGUAUAUAACGUAAAGAAAAUGUACAUACUUGUGAUCCAAAUUGUACAAGAAAGUCU